ACGUGCAAUAUUAUUUUAGUAUUUUUAGGCUAAAUCAUAAUCAGGAUCAUUCAGCAUUCAUUAUUAAAUCAGUUGGAUGCACCACAAUACUCUACAGACAGUGCGUAGGCGAGAUCAAAUUAAUCGGGAGUAUUGGUACUGUUACUAAGUACUAGAUCUAGAUCUAGAUUCUAAGGAUGCAAAAUUAGAGAUUUCAACAUAGACAAGAGAAUAUAAUUUACAGUAAAAUUGAAUGUGUUUAAAAAAUAACACUUUAAUGGUUCAGUGGGACAAUGCAAAUUCUAUUUAUAAUAUUUGUCUCAAUUUAUUACAUACAACUUGUCGUGUCAUCUCAUCCGAGACAAGAUGGGUUAGAUGAUUAUAGUGUUUCUUAUUUAAGAAACCAGCCAUUUUAUGUGGAGAUACAUAAACAAAACACACAGAAACCCUAUAAAUCUCAUCUAAAAAACAAUCACAAUCUGCAAGUCUUUUCUUUUCAAAAUGGAUUAAAGCAAUUUAAAGAAAACAACUUGAAUGACUUUGGUGUUAAAGAGGAAAGGAAUUCAAUUGAACAUCUCAAGAAUUGGGUACAUGAAGGUGUGUUGACACAUCAUCAAGUCAAGAGGAGGUCUAAUGAGGAUUCAAAGGACAACAACAAUAAACCUGAGCAAGAGAAACCUGUUGAUCCUGUUGUGACAGCUGCUGUCAAUGAUACAAGCCACGCCAAUCAAACAACUGCCAAUGUUACAGAAACGGAAGUAGUUCUGCUGACGACACCCGCGCCCCAUGUUGAGAAACCGGAACUGCCCCCUAAAGGCGCAGCUGAGGAGGAGCACCAUAGUAGUUUGACAAUCUUUUUUAUAUUGCUUGUUGUGGCUAUAUCCAUUUUGGUGGUUCAUCUUUUAAUUCAGACCAAGUUUCAUUAUUUACCUGAUAGCAUAGCUAUUGUUCUAAUUGGUGCAUGUAUUGGUCUCCUCCUGAAGCUGUUUAAAUUUGGCAACUGGAAGAAUGAGGAGGCUUUCCCACCCACAGUGUUCUUCAUUGUCUUGCUGCCACCCAUUAUAUUUGAGGGAGGUUAUAACUUGCAUAAGGGAAAUUUUUUCCAUAACAUUGGUUCCAUUCUUGUGUUUGCUGUGUUUGGUACUGUCAUAUCUGCUGUGGUUGUGGGGGGAGGGGUCUAUCUUCUGGGUCAGGCUGAGGUAGCCUACAAGCUUGAUGUGGUUGAAAGUUUUGCUUUUGGGUCCCUGGUGUCUGCUGUGGACCCAGUUGCCACGUUGGCAAUCUUCCAGGCCCUGGAUGUUGAUCCAAUCUUGUACAUGUUGGUGUUUGGAGAGUCCAUGCUGAAUGAUGCUGUCUCCAUUGUACUCACCACGACACUCCUUGAGUUUGCCUCUCCAUCAACUGUGAUAACCAGUGGCACGGCUGCCUUCUUCCAAGCUGUUGGACGCUUCUGUCUCAUGUUCUUUGCCUCAGCUGCCAUUGGUGUAGCUUUUGGCCUUGUCAGUGCUAUGAUAACCAAGUUCCUGAACUUACACAAAACACCAUCUCUAGAGGUGGGAAUGGUGUUCUGUUUCUCAUACUUGCCAUAUGCUCUAGCUGAAGGGAUUCACUUAUCUGGUAUUAUGGCCAUCCUGUUCUGUGGGAUUGUGAUGUCACACUACACCCAUUUCAACCUGUCUCCUGUCUCUCAAAUAACAGUGCAGCAAACCUUCAGAUCUAUAGCCUUCAUAGCAGAAACAUGUGUUUUUGCUUAUCUUGGUUUGGCUAUUUUUAGCUUUAAAGUCAAUGUCAAACCAGCCUUUACUAUAUGGAGCAUAGUGCUCAUUUUAAUAGGUCGGGCUUUCAACAUUUUCCCUCUGUCUUUCUUAAUGAACUUCUUCAGAGAACACAAAAUCACAAAGAAGAAUCAGUUUAUCAUGUGGUUCAGUGGUCUGAGAGGUGCGGUAGCUUUUGCCCUAAGUCUUCACAUGGAGCUGGAAGAAGAGAAGCACUACGUACUGGUUACAACUACACUUAUUAUGGUGUUGUUUACUGUUGUCUUUCUAGGGGGAUCAACCAUGCCUUUGUUGAAGUUUCUGCAGAAAACGGACAAAAAAUUUAAAAAGAAGAAAAAGUUUGAGGGUGAAGUAUCAAUGAGCAAAACCAAAGAAAUGGGUGAUGCCAUUGAUUCUGAGCACUUAUCUGAGCUAACAGAGGAAGAUGAAACUCAUGUUGUGCGGCCACAUCUGAAAGGUUUUCUUAAGCUAGACGUUCGAUAUCUUAUUCCAUUCUUUACUAAAAGAUUUACCCAACAGGAAAUGAGAGAGGGGCGUAGCCAGGUGGAUGUGCUGACCAAUCAGUGGGAGAUGGAAGUGCGUGCUGCACCAUCAGAGUCAGAAGAUGAGGAGGAAACACACUUUGAUACUUCACUGGUGCCGUUAACUAGCAAUAAUGGAAGCAUUUUGAAGAAUGGAAACUCAAGCCCUAAAAACAGAGUUUAAUUCAUUGAAAAUAUUGUUUUAUAAUUCAUAACAUUUGUGCAUAAGUUAUUUAUGAAUAUAAACAGUAAACCAAAAGAAAACAUCUGAACAAGCUAGUUUUAAAUUUAGAUAAUUGAGGUUCUUUGACUGGUAUGACGCUCCUAGUGGUGAUGACAUUUUUUCCUUUACUAUGCAGAAUCCAAGCUUUUAAUCAUAUAUCUAGGUCAUUUUUUCAGGUGUGUUUAGUUCAGUUCUUCCUUGUAGUGGUUGAUUUUUAUUUUUUAUCAAUUAUUUUUGUAACAGCACUCACAAAAACAUUUUUAACACUGUGGAACCUCAUUCAGUGGCUGCCUCUAAACAGUUACGGUGAUGCAGAAAAAAAUUUAUCAAAAUUUGUAAUUCUAAUACUCUUCUUAUUCAUGAUUAAAUUUUUAAAAAUAAAUGCAUUUUAAUUUUUUAUGAUUAACAAACCUACAAAAAAUCUACAUUAAAUUGAUCAUUCUUUAAAAAAAUAAUAAUAGUGUAUAGAGUAACCCACAUACAUGGGUUUAAAUUAAUGAGGACAAAGAUUUUACUCUUUUUUUCCCGCUGAGUUACAACAAAAAUCUCUGGCAAAAUAAUUCUGUUUGAAUUUCAUUAAAAAAGGCAUGUUUUUAAAAUUUAUUUUAGCAAACAGGUUGUGUUCACCAGCUCACUUGUCAUAUUUAUGUAUCUGUUGCAGAAGCUUCAGGUUACUAAAAAUAGCUGUUAACAUUUUUUUUAGUAAAUGUAAUCUUUUAUAUAGGUAUUAUUAAUUCAGAAAGUGGAUACAAAAUUUUGUUGGUAUUGUGAGUAAUAACUUGAAUGUAUUAAGUAACACAUUUUUUUUUCUUUAAGAUGUGAAAAUGUUACUUGUAUUCUCUGAAAUAAAAAAAAACCUAAUAAAUCCAGGGUAGGCCUAAUGCAUUUUUCUUAAUGUGAACCCUAUUAAGGACUAAACGAGAAAUACUUCACAAAGAUAAUUGUGCUAUUUUAUUUCAUAAAAAGUGCCUCAGAUUUCUGCUGAUAUAUUUGCUAAUGUAGAGACUGUAUAAAGCCAAACUACGUGGUGUCCCAAACAUUAUGUUAAAAUAGAAGGGUUGGUACUUUGCUAUUUCAUUUUGUGACCAUAUCAAAUAACUGCUAGAAUAAUAGUAUUUUUCUGGAAAGUGUACAUUACUGUGUACAAGUUAUAUUGGUUGUUUUUAAAAUAUCUCUUUACAUUUUAUUAUUAUGUAGUGCGAUUCAUUUAGUUUUUGUAUAUUAUUAUUUUUAAAGAUGGGUUUUGUUUUAAAGGUUUAUUUUGUCCCUUAAUGGGCUUCAGAUAUGUUAUUUAAAAUAUCAGCAAAUUGAAUCAAUUCUAGUUUCAUUACAACUGUGUAGUCACUUAGCUUUAGAUAGUUAUGGACUGGGUUUUUCAGCUUAAUUGAGAAUUGACCUGUCAUGCAUUAGACAAGAAGUAAGAGGAUCUCUCAAAUAUUCAUGUUAAAGUAUGAGAAUUUUUAUUUCUGGCAUUCAGUGGAUGUGGCACUGUUGAAAUAUUUCAACCUAUCACAUCUCCAUUGUAAGUUUGUGAUGGGGACAUGUCACUGUAUAAAAUGCGUUCAACAGACAGAAAGACUAACCAGAACUUGAACAUUGUUGUAAUAAAUUGUGUUUUGUCCCAUGCUUCAGUGGAACAUUCCUCUAUUUCUUCUAUGAAGAAUAAGUAUUUAUAUUGCAUAUUUCUUUACAUUUUAUGUUCUCUGAAAAUAUUUUUAUUUAUCAAAUUAUUUAUUUUGAAAAAACUUGGAAGUUUAUUUUUGUGUUGAUAAAUUUAGGUUGUAGGAUGAACCAAUUUUGAUUUCUUCAUUGUUUAUGUUUUGUUGAUUAUUUCAGUGUGCUGUAGAUAGAAACAAGCAUAAUCAGCUAGAGUUAUCCUUAAACCACAAGUUGUCUAGAGUUAUCCCUAGACCACACAUGAACUAGAGUUAACCCUAGACCACACAUGGACUAGUGUUAUUUCCGGUGAUAAAGCAUGUGUUCAUAUUAUUUGAUAAACAAAUUUAUAUUCUGUUUCUUAUUAGGUAUAAAUUAAAUUUAACUUACAUUCGUAUUUUUUUUUUACCAAAUUGAAUUCCAAUAAUAUAUUUCUGCUCAACAUUUCAUAUACCCCCCUCUCUAUAUUAUAUAUAUAUAUAUAU